AUGGGUCCGCGUGAGCAACGGACCAAACAUGGAGCGCGUCGAGGCACGGCGACCAAGCAACAGGCCGGUGGACGCCUGGUGGCCAGUGGUGCAAAUCGACAGAAGCGACAGGCCAGGCACCAUGAGCCUGCACCGCAGCGCGAGCACUGGUCCUCGCGCAUCCGCACCUCCCGCACCUCGCUGGCUACCGUCGAGUCGAUCGAUGCGUCUUCUACCGUCGACGCUCUCCAGUCCAUGUCUGCUCUGUGCGUCGCAGACUCGCAGGGCCUGCCUCUGCCUGGUUGGGUGCGCGUCCUCGGCCACUCCCCCCUCCCCAGGGCUCCAGGCGCUGUCUGGCGUCUCUCGCCUCCCCUCGCUGCCCCAAACAGCCAGUCUCUCAACUCCACCGCCAUACAUGUCUGGUACAUACAAACUGCUCCUCCACACCCCGGGCGCCCUGGGCCAUACUCCUCUCCUUCAUCCUCCUCAUUCCAGUCCCUCCUUUGCGCCGACACGCCAGCGGGCAGAGUUGCUCUCGAUUGCCAGUUGCUGCGUCGCAAGACCACCGCUCCCGUCUCUGGACGACGAAUUCGCUACACUAUCGCGACGCUCCGUGCCUCAAUAGCGACGUGGCAUUUCCUUGGUCCAACAUUGAACCUUGGCCGGCAGCGCCAGGCGCAGACUCCUCCGACCGCGCGCCGUUUCCCGUCCUCGCGCACGAAGCUCUCGCGACGACCCGUCAUUUUUUCUUUGUCCCGGUACUACCUACGAAUCAAUACUAGUAUUUGCUUCUGCGAUUCUUCGUCGUGGCGCAUCCCUACAUCAAUCGCGUGGCUCGACGCAGCGACUGAGACUCUGCAUUCCGCCUGCGACAAGGACCUGUCUAGCUUUGCGACAAGACACUUUUGCAACUUGCGCGCCGAAUUUCCUCUGUCCAUCCAUCCCCCUUGCUUCAACGGCCACUCCGUGCGCCUCCCCGAGAUCAACGACGACCAUCGCGCAGGACUCGCGACAAGCGUCAUCGCAUACAACGCCAGCCAUCCUCCAACAAUGCCACCCCUUGAACCCUACAGGGCCGCUCGCCCACGGCAUCUUCGCCAGGCAGCAGCGGCGCCCAAAACCCCAGAACCAUUUGCUGAAAGCCAAGCGCAGCCCCCGUCACCAGCGCGGCCCAAGUUUCGCUUGAGGAGGCGAACUACAUCAUCACAACUCAACGCCCCGACUCAGCAGUUUCUCGCAUCAGUUGCCGCCGCCGAUGUUCCCGUCCCCAGCAUUGAAGGGCCUCAAGUUUACGACGACGACCAAGACAUGCUGAGCAUCGCUUACCCAUCUAUCCCCCAACUGGACCGGAUUGACGACGUCACAUUUGAACACCCCGGUCCGAGGAGGACCUUCUCGCCGCCCAAGACUCCAGCUCCCGAAUUGGCUCCGUCGCCGUCAACAAAGCAGUUUCCAGACUGGUCAAUCGAUGCUGCCAUUAGCAGCCUUGAGUCCAGCCCCGAGUAUGACAGCAGCCGGCCCUCCACGGCAAGAUCGAGUGAGACCAGCUCGUCACUGUGUAGUCGCUUCUCUCUUGCAUCGGAAGACCUGAGCCAAUGCGCCAGCCCCGAGAGCGACCAUUGUGACCGGUUUGGCAGGUUCCUUUCGCCAGAGGAUGCCGGUAGGGCGGUUAGGUCGCUCAUGACGGCUACACGAUCAGCGAAAUCAAGAAAAGCUCCUUGGACCAGGGCAAUGAGCCAGCAUCUUUGGUCCACAUACGCCAUGUACCUGCAGGAUCCAAAAGUUACACCUUUUCAGGUGGGCAAGAGCGGCAUUCCUCCGCCCGGAGUAUGCAUGCGCGUGGCCAGGGAAGCCAAGAGAAGCUGGAAAGGCUCGAGGCCUGUGGCCAAGUCGGAAAUCAAGAGCCGCAGUUCAACGCCAACAGCCGAGGCUGCUGGGCCAUACAUUGAGUGGCCACACACAUGCGCAGCUACUAGGGGUCACUUGCGAGAGCUUUGCAAAGCUCGCGGCGGGCCAUCUCGCAGCCUCCAAAACCUGUCCAACAGCCCGGCAUCGUUUGGCAAGUCUAUCAAUCGAUUUUGGAACCGUCGAUCGGCGCCUGCCCGCUCUCCCACGGUUUUCUCUGCUUCAGACAUGGCCAUGUCCCUAGCUAUCUGCACAUCAGAUUCCAUGCAACCUCAAGGGCCUUUGGCUCGGUUGACCGCCUCGCAGCCCGAACCGUCAACUAAGGCUACCACGCUAGGACACCAGCCGAUAUUUGCCCUUGGAGACACCUUGGAUCAGCCCAGACCACCUCUCGGGUCUCCCUUCAUGGCUAGGAGUUAUGGGCCUAGCUCAUCAACAGGGUUGGAAGAGGCCUUUGAUGUCAGUCCCGAAGCCCAACGACAAGCCCGCACGGUUGGUACGCUGCGAGGCUUGAGGUCGCCUUUGAGACUCGACCAGAGUCGGUCGAGCAUGCAGAAGCGCAGAUCCAGGCAGUCUGUGCUGGAACCACAACGUACCAAGCGGCCCAGUCUGGGCUCAGACUUCUGGAUAGACCCGGCAAGCAACGAGAAUGCGGCAUCCAGUGCGCCCCUUAUCCAAUUCAGCUCCACCGAUUCCAACCACCAUGACAGCCUCUUUGUCCCUCGCGCCAACUUGCAGGAACUCUUUGAGGCCUCACAUCCCGCUCCGUCACCAGCCGCCGGGUCCUCAGGUUUCCCCCCAAUAACUGGCUUGACGCCUUCACAGACUGUCCCCGCCAGGCUAGGCUCGCCAUUCUCAGCAAAGGCCGCGAGCCACUCAUUUCCGAACCGCCACUUCAGCGUCUCGACGAUCAAUGUCGACGCCGUCGUCCGUCCAUUUGCUACCGUACACCAAACUGGCGGGGAGAGUGUGAACAGUGCCGCGUCAUCGUCUAACAAGACGCCGCUUGCCAACCGCCUUGCAUAUAUCGACGAACGCCUGAAGCGCUUUCGCCGCAGAGACAGAGAAGGUCGACGGUCGCAGUCACCUUUCUAA